AUUUAGCGUUUCUUCACGCAUGGUUUUACACAUUGAAACUUCCUCCCAUCUUCUCUCUAACGUCCGUCCGAUCCGAUCAGAUCAAACCCAAUCCUCCAACGUCUGCAUAGAUCCGAUAAUUUCAACGUAAAUUUUUGCUCUGACAUUUGAACCCAUCUUCCAAUCUGCAGCUCAAAUCCCUUAAUCUUGUUCCAUUUAUCAGAUCGCGUCUUACCCAUAAUCGUUAUCUUUUCUCCUCGAAUCUGGACUACAUCCUACAUAGUGUGUUCCUCCCUCCUCCUGUCCCGCAUUCAAUGCAGUUUUAGAUAAUAUUAUUAUUAUUAUUAGAAGAGAAAGAUGAUGAGUGGCCAGUUGGUGAAAGUGCGGAAGGAGGCGCUGGCGGCAUGCAUGAAAUGCCCUCUUUGUAACAUGCUCUUGAGAGAAGCUACUACUAUUUCGCUAUGUCUUCACACAUUUUGCAGGAAAUGUAUAUAUGAAAAACUGUCUGAUGAAGAUGUGGAUUCCUGUCCAGUAUGCAAUGUUGAUCUUGGUUGUGUGCCCGUGGAUAAACUCAGACCAGACCAUAGUUUGCAGGAUAUAAGAGCUAAAAUAUUCCCUUACAAAAGAAGACAGUCAAAGACUCCUCAAGUUGUUUUACCCUCUUCAGUUUCACCUCCAGUCAAGAGAAAGGAGAGAUCUUUGUCAUCGUUGGUUGUAACUACUCCUAAAGUUCCUAUGCAUAUUGUCUUCACAGGCCGGACAGCAAAACCUGCCUUAAGAAAGAUGAAUUUUCGUGGGCCAUCCUCCUCUAUUAAGGAAUCUGCUCCUUCAGAAGAUUUUCUUGAUAAGUUACAGAAGAACACUUCUCCUGGAAACCCUUCCCCACAAGAAGAAACACUUAAUAAAGAAGUAGCUAAAGAUGUUCAGACAUGGGAAAGGAAUGUUGAUUUAUGGAAACCAUUGAACUGUCUGGUUGAAGCCGCAAACAGGACCAAGCCUUCCAAAUUGUGUCAUCAAGAUUCGCCUUUCUCAGGGAAACUUGAGCUUCCUGAUGUUCCUGACUACGACAAUGUACGUCUGUCUAAGACCAGAAUAAAGGAACAACCGCAAAAAUCUAAAUCUCAGCUGGAUAACAAGAUUAACAACGAAUUAAACCCAGUUCACGGAAGACCUGUUAAACGCAAAAGAUUGCAUGAUCGAAAUAAUGCAUCUGGUGGACUACUGAGUUCCUCCUCAGGACAAUCUAUGAUUAGCAUUAAGGGAGCUAAAGAAAACAGACCAAACUGUCCAAUUUGGUUCUCUUUAGUUGCCUCACGAGACCAGCGAGAGAUUGAUGCCUUGCCACAGAUCCCAGCAGGUUAUUUGAGGGUAAAGGAUGGUAAUUUGCCCGUCUCCUUCAUUCAGAAGUAUCUAAUGAAGAAACUUGAUCUAACAAGUGAAGCUGAGGUAGAGAUAACAUGCCAAGGCAAUCGAGUCCUUCCAACAUUACAACUGCAGAAUGUGUUGGAUCUCUGGCUACAAACACCUUCUGCCACAUCGAGAAAGGUUUCAGCUUCUGUGGGCAGCUCGGCUAAGGAAUUUGUAAUGGUUCUCUCCUACUCCAGGAAGCUCCAGACAACCUAAGGAUAGUUUUUUUUGUUUCUUUUUUUAAAAUUUCCAACAAUAUCACUUUCAUGUCUUGGUAGGUAUCUUUAUUGCAUUAUUUUGAUAUUAUAAAAAGUUUUAUGGAUUUUCAAUUCUAGUUUAACAUCUUCUUAUGUAAUAACAACAGUCAUUCAAUUUGCCUUGAAGAUAGAUAGUUGUAGUGUGGUUGGUUUUGUUCAUA